AAUACAAGUAUCUUAUAUCUUCUCUAAUAAAAUUUCUUCCCUCCCUUAACUCAAAAAUAAAAACGUUGCCUCCUUUCCCUUCCAAUCCCAAAACGAUUACGUAGUCGGUAGUCAUAUUGUCAUACGGGAUUUUUAGUUCUUUCAAUGGUUCAAGUUCAACAACCAAAAAUAAUGCCAUUAGUGUUCCAUUUUAUUAGUUGAUGAGGAAAUAAUAUGCCAAAUUAGACGUCCCUUUCCUUUUCUUUUUUUUUUUUGGGUAAUUAUUAUUAAUAGUAAUACCAUCAAUCAAUUUGAUUCUACUACUAUAAAAUAAAGACCGAAAAACCCAUCAUGCUCUCCCCUUCUUUUCCAUUCCAAGCGUCAAACAAAGACAGCCAAAAUACAGGCUAAAGUUACAAGAUUACAAUGAAUCUCACCAUUUUCUUUUCAUCCUUCUUCUUCUUCUUCUUUCAUUGAUCCCUGAAAUUGUCUUCAUCCAUCAUUAUUAACUUAAGCCUCCUUUCUUGGUCUUCAAAAUUUUAAGCUAAAAGGCUUUUUUUAAUUCCUUUUUUUUUUUACUUCAUUUUUCAACUUUACUUAACUCCCCCUUUUUUCAAACUUGGUUUUAGUCUAUUUUUACUUCCAAAUCCAAACAAGGGGGUUAUUUAAAGUCUUCAAAGAUUUUCCACCCCACCCCUUUUUCUCCCUAUACUUUUCUUUCCCUUCUUGAAUCUUUUUGAUCAUAAAUAUCUUGACAUAGAUAUAUAUGUAUAAAUACUUGUUCAACUGAUUGAAUUUACUCGGAGCUAAUUCUUGAAAUGGAUUAUAAUGGUGGGAGGAAUUAUGUUGACAUUUCACCAUGGAUGCUGGUGGAAGACACCGGGGAUUCAGAGUUUGAUUUUGGUAUGAGUACUUGUUGUUGCGCUGUUCCUAGUUGUAAAAACAGCGGCACCAGGGAGGCGCCGAUGAUGAUGUCACCGCCGCCGUUGGCGGCGGCGGCCGCCGGAACUACUACUAUUACUUUCGCUGAAGAUGACGCCAUAUCUUGUUGCAUCAACGACAAAAUCUGCAAACCUUUUGAAGAUGAAGAUUCUUGCUCUACUAGUAGCCCAGAUUACAAUAAUGAUAAUGAAGCUGAGCAGAGAAAUGGGCAACGAUCAACCCGAUAUCCUGACCCGAAUUGCAUUUACCAAGAUGAUGAUGAUGAUGAGGGGGAAGAAGAUGAAGAUGAGGAUGUUGUCGAUCAAGUUCGGAAUCCUGGCGGCGGCGGCGGGGUAAGGAAUAAUAGUAACGGGAUUGGCGGACGACGGCGGCCGGAGAAGCAGCCGCCGGGAGGAGGAGGAGGAGUUAUGAGAAAACAGGCGGCUUGUUGUGGGCGGAAGCCAGCUGAUCAGUUGAUAAUGAUGAAUCAUCAAAGGGAUACGGAUCGGCUUUUCUGGGAAUCCUGUUUGUCCUCUUGAACUUCAAUUAAGUUCUUCAUUCAACUACCAUUUUUUUUUCUUUUUUCUUCAAUACAUUCUAAAAACUUCCUCCAUUUUUUAGGAUAAUUUUUUUUUUUUUUUGGGGGUGGGAGUUGAAGAACAUGAGCACCAAUAAUAGUGCUUUGCUUCCCUUCUUCAAUUUCUCCGGCCGGUUUGGUUAAUUUGUUGUUAGUCGGAUUUUUUCUCAAAUGAAAAUAUCAUCGUCCUCAUCGUCUCAAUUCGUCAUCAGGUUUAAUUAGCUGGAAUUGUACAGAAAGGAGGGUUCACCUCUGACCCCAGCAAAAUAAUCAAAACUGUACUGCAUAUGUACGUAUAAUUUACAAUACAUAUUUGCUUCUUUUUUUGUGUGUGGUUUUUCAUCAUUUUAAUUUUUCUUUAUAUAUCUUGAAUUCAAUAUUCUGCCUAACGGAUACGCAAUCAUGCGACUGUCAUGAUGUUACUAUAGUUUUUCCUUUUUCUUUCGUUUUCUUUUUCUUUUUUUUUUUGGGUACAAAUGACGUUACUACAGUAUAUUACUUUCUCCGUCCCAUAAUUAUUGUCCAGUUUGG